UGUGACGUGUGCACACUUGAGAGAAGGCGAAGUGCAAUCCAAAAAUGACGGUGCUGGAUAACUGCCGAGAGCUCAAGACCCGCGGCUUGCUGUCGCUGGAGCAGUUCACGGAGUACGAGGCAUCGCUCAGCUCUGCCUCCUCUCCGUCCGACACCCUCCGUGAGCAUGUAUCUUCCCUCCUUGUAGAAGAAGUGGGCGCCAUCGUGGAGCGCGUACGAGUACAGAGCAACCAGCAGGAGCAGGAGACGAUCGGCAACUCGGAACUGGCAGCUGUGGCUGUAGGGGGAGCCUUGGGCGCACUAAACGCCUGGUUGCGACCAGCACCCGCUCUGGCAUCUACUACCAAGGCCACGACGCUGUGGGCCAGUGCAUACGACGGCGCAAUGGCCACUCUUAACGUUGCCAAGCGGAAGCGUCGCGUGCAGCAGCUGCAGCUUAAACUGCUGAGCGGUGACGUGGCCACCUGCAGCCACGUGGUGCUCUGCAUCAAUGGAUUCAUGACGCAGAGUGACGACCCGACGCUCAACUGGCGCGCAUGGAUACAGGAAGACCAGAACGCCGCCGUCUUCGCCGUUCAGUGGGAGGCCGGCGACGUCACCGCCUGGAACGAGUUUUGCACGCACGUCAAUGACAACUUCGACAGCUCGUCCGUGUCGACCAUGGUAGCUCACUUCACAGGAAACCCAUGGCACAGUGCUCAGGGCAAGGCGGAGAAGGUGGGCAUCCUGCUCGCACACGUGCUGGCGGAGCGUCCGGUGUUGCUUCGUGGGCGCAAGAUCUCAAUGCUGGGCCACUCGCUGGGCGGCGCCGUCAUCUACAGCACCUUCCAGGAGAUGGCCAAGCUGCGAGCAGAGAAGAAGGGCGACGGUCUGCCACUGAUCUCCAACGCCGUGAGCUUCGCCGGCGCGUUCAUCCCUGACUCGCAGGGACUAGAUAACAUCACGAAAGCGCUCGACCCGAACGGAGGAAAAUUCAUCAACGUGUUUUCCACCCGCGACGGCGUGUUGUCCAAGCUGUUCUGGGCGCUGCAACUUCCCGGUCCGAACAAUCCGGCAGCUGCCGGUUGCCAGGCCGUCGCCUUCGCCGCUGCGGCCGCCGCUAACUGCGUGAAUGUGGACGUGUCGGAUCUGGUGAUACCGCGCAUGGAGAACCACUUUGGUCACGGCUAUCAGCAGUUCAUGGAGGCCAUCAAGUCUCGCGUGCUGCCGCAUUUCUUCCGGACGUGAGAACAGCAUACACAGCAACACCCAUUACUAUAUAACUAAACGACUUUUUUCUACAUUAAAGCUGCAGUUUUGUCUUCACUU